UAAAUUCGACUCGGUUUUUAGAGGCGGUGCCAUCGCCAAGCGGUAGGAUCCGUGUGACAGUGCAGGGUACAGCUUUAGGUUGAGGGGCAGCGAGAGGAAAGAAUUUCUCCCGAUCCCGCUAUAUAUAUAGGCUACUCGCACCACUAUUCCAUCGUAACAAACAUCAGCUUAAUUCAAACUGUUAUCAUUUCUACAGCGUGCUGGGAAUUCGAAGGUUGCUACAGUGAAGAAUAUUUACCACUCGCCUGCAGGACUUAAUCAGACUACAACGUUACUGUUAGUCGAACUUUCCCCUUUUUAUUUUGGAUUGUCUUGCUGUUUUAUUUUUUUCUCUCUACACGUUUUUAAUUCCAACCGGUUGACAUUUGCACGAUAUUAUAUAUCUGCGGGUGUCUUGGUCCUUUUUCAAAAAUAAGAACGUUUUGACGGAAAGUUUUAUUUUCAUUUCUAUUUUUUUGGGGGGAGCAUUACAGUCUUUCCACGAUGAACAAGCUAUAUAUUGGAAAUCUCAAUGAAAACGUGACCGCAGAAGACUUGGUUAAAACCUUUGAAGAUUACAAGAUUCCAUACUCUGGACAGUUUCUCAUGAAAACUGGCUAUGCGUUUGUUGAUUGCCCGGACGACCAAUGGGCAAUGAAAGCGAUUGAAACAUUUUCUGGUAAAGUGGAACUUCACGGCAAACGAAUUGAGGUCGAACAUUCUGUCCCUAAAAAGCAGAGGACCAGAAAACUCCAGAUCAGAAACAUUCCACCACACCUACAGUGGGAGGUUCUUGAUGGUCUGCUUGCCCAGUAUGGAACUGUAGAGAACUGUGAACAAGUGAAUACAGAGAGCGAGACUGCGGUUGUGAACGUCACAUAUGGGACACGGGAGCAUGCUAGACAAGCUAUUCAGAAGCUCAACGGUUACCAAUUUGAGAACAACGCCCUGCGUGUGUCAUACAUCCCCGACGAGAACUCUGAGGUCGACUCUCAACGAGGCCCAGACAAUGGCCGUCGCCCUGGAUACGGUCCACGAGGAAACCGCCAGAUGUCGCCUGGUUCGGGAAUCCCCUCCAAACAUCAGCACGCUGACAUCCCUCUCAGGCUUCUGGUGCCCACGCAAUACGUGGGUGCCAUCAUUGGCAAGGAGGGCGCCACCAUCCGUAACAUCACCAAGCAAACUCAGAGCAAGAUUGAUGUGCAUCGUAAAGAGAACGCAGGUGCCGCCGAAAAGCCCAUAAGUAUCCAUUCUACCCCAGAGGGCUGUUCAUCUGCCUGCCGCAUGAUCCUGGAAAUCAUGAACCAGGAGGCCAAGGACACCAAAACUGCUGAUGAGGUGCCUCUGAAGGUUCUUGCUCACAACAACUUUGUUGGCCGUUUGAUCGGCAAAGAGGGACGCAACCUGAAGAAAGUGGAACAAGACACUGAUACCAAGAUCACAAUUUCACCACUGCAGGAUCUGACCCUUUAUAACCCAGAGAGGACCAUUACAGUGAAGGGCUCGAUCGAAGCCUGCUGCCUGGCGGAACAGGAGAUCAUGAAGAAAGUGCGAGAGGCAUAUGACAAUGACAUCGCUGCAAUGAAUCAACAGACUCACCUGAUCCCUGGACUAAACCUGGGAGCCAUUGGCCUCUUCCCGCCGUCCUCGGCCAUGCCGCCUCCUUCCCUCGGAAACUCUGUGCCUGGUCCUCCCUAUGGCCCUAUGGGGGCCGCUGAACAGGAGACCGUCCACGUGUACAUCCCAGCCCAAGCCGUGGGAGCCCUUAUUGGCAAGAAGGGGCAGCAUAUCAAGCAGCUAAGCCGUUUUGCUGGAGCAUCUAUUAAGAUUGCACCAGCAGAGGCUCCAGACUCGAAAAUGCGAAUGGUCAUCGUGACAGGGCCUCCUGAGGCCCAAUUCAAGGCUCAAGGCAGAAUAUACGGUAAGCUGAAGGAGGAGAACUUCUUUGGCCCCAAAGAGGAGGUGAAGUUGGAGACGCACAUCAAAGUAGCAGCUGCAGCAGCAGGAAGGGUCAUCGGAAAGGGCGGGAAAACUGUGAAUGAGCUGCAGAACCUCACCGCUGCUGAAGUAGUGGUUCCCCGAGAGCAAACCCCUGAUGAACAAGACCAGGUCAUCGUCAAAAUCAUCGGCCACUUUUACGCUAGUCAGUUGGCACAGAGGAAGAUCAGGGACAUUUUGACACAAGUCAAGCAGCAGCAGAAAGGAGGUAUGGGAGGCCAGCAGGGGCCCCAUCCGCAGGUCGUGACUGAGCCGGGGUCCCCGCAGGGACUGGCACAAGAACCCAGGAGGAAGUGAGAGGCCGGGGCCGCUACCCAGUCAGACGGACAGACAAACGAGCGGACUGACUGAGAGAGAGAGAGUGACACAGACCCAGCGGUAGACAGGGAGAAACGAGGAGCAAACUGAGAGGAAAUUAAAAAGACAAAAAAAAAAAAAAAAAAA